AUUUCCAAACGGAACGACCAUUUUCACUCCGUAUCUCACGAGGAAGAGUAGCCCGAGGCUGGGCUCUGACUUCCGAGCUCGGUCAGUGGAGAUAAACAAGCCAAACAAACAACGUAGGUGAAACCUGUAACCGGGAUAACCGCAGAUGAGCUGAAGACAAAUGGUUUUGAAUGAUGAUGAAUCAGGGCGUAAUGGACAGUCCUGUUACUCUGGUCAUCAAGGCUCCCAACCAGAAGUAUGACGAUCAGAAGAUCAACUGUCAUCCCAACUGGACCGUGGAGAAGCUCAAAGCCCACCUGUCAGAUGUUUACCCCAGCAAACCUAGUUCAAAGGACCAGAGACUGGUGUAUUCUGGGAAACUCCUUCUGGAUCACUUCACCUUAAAGGAUGUACUGAGGAAACAGGACGAGUACCACAUGCUCCAUCUGGUGUGCGCCUCCCGAACGCCUCCCAGCUCCCCGAAGCCGGUCCGCAGUCGCAGUAAUAAGCCCCAGGAGAGCGCCGUCGCUCCCGCGUCCCAGGUUCCUCAGAACGCCGGGGGUCACAGCAGCCAUGCGUCUGCAGCAGAGAACAGUGGCAGCGGCGGCGGCUUCAGGCAGGGAGCGGAAGCCUUUCCUUACCACCAGAUGUUUAUGCAGAGUUGGAGUCGUCCUUCGCCGCCAGCACUUUCCACAAACUACUACUACAGCCCCAUGAGCCUGGUGUGGUGGCAGCAGCUGUACGCCCGGCAGUACUACAUGCACUACCACUUACUGGCCGCCGCCGCCGCCGCCGCCAGGACAGAGCAGUCCUCCGCCCCGCCUCACCACCCCGACCCUCUGAGCCGACGGCCACAAGUGGGUCACCGCGGCAACCCGGAGGUCCAGAUGAACGCGCAGGGCGGGGAGAUCCUGAAUGAGGAGGAGCUCAACAGGGACUGGCUGGACUGGGUGUAUACGUUCUCGCGCGCCGCCGUCUUACUCAGCAUCGUCUACUUCUACUCCUCCUUCAGCCGCUUCGUCAUGGUGACGAUGGCCAUGCUGGUGCUCUACCUACAUCAGGCCGGCUGGUUCCCGUUUAACCUGGACAACGAGCUGCAGCUUCCUGGAGACCGAGCCCAUCAGGACGACCUGGACGGAGACGUGCAAAACCACGACUUACAGGAAAUGGUAGCGCCUUCUUUACCUGAAACGAAACUAAACAAACUACAGAUUUUCUCUAAAAAGGAAGUGGCGAACGACGAGAACUCUGACGAUGACGACGACAGCGGCGGCGGCGAGAGCGGAGAGGAAGGAGCAGAAGACCCCAACAGCGCUCCUCAGGCGGGAUUCCUGUCUUCCACCUGGUCGUUCAUCAUAACCUUCUUCAUGUCGCUCAUCCCAGAGGGGCCACAAAACGCCGCCAACUGAGAGGCUGCACGCUCCGGAUCCCGUACGGCCGCGAGGGGGCGGGGCAUAACCUUCUGUCUGCUCCGUGGACUGAACAACAGAUUCAUCCAAAUGUGGAUUUGCGUUUCUGCGUUUGUCUGCCGGAAGACAAACGUGUUGUACAGAGACGGCCAGUGAUGCUCUGCAGACAAACCGCCGGGAAACUUCUAACUAAUCCUCCUUCCGGCCUGUUUUUGCAGCCAUGUUUGUUCACAGAAGUCUGCUCAAGUGUCAUUUCUUUAUUGACUGAAUAUAUCAGGCAUUUCCACAUUUCCUUGUAUAUUGAAAAUAACGUAGCAUUUACUGGAAACUGACGGCAGAUAGUUCGCCCCGUUAGUUUUACAAACUGAUCUGAACUUUAUUUUGUAGGAGCACUUCCUGUUUUCUUUUUGGUUUCUCCCAAAAGUACGAAUUAAUUUGGAGACAUUUGUUGUUAAACAAACGUGGGAGCUCCUGAUUGAGGAAAAUGACGGCUGUUAUGACGACUCAAUAUUAUAUUCAUGUCAUGAAAACUUC